AUGGCAAGUAGCAGCAACAAUGAUAGGAGUUCCUCAUUUCCGAUAUUUGACGGUGAAAACUAUGAUUAUUGGAGAGUGAAGAUGAGGACCCUAUUCACCUCUUAUGGGUUGUGGAAAUUUGUUGAUACUAGGGUUGUUAAACCUAAGGAGGAAGCAGAGCUCACUGUAGCAGAGAGAGCAUUGGUGGAAGAAAACCUCAAGAAGGAUGCCAAAGCUCUAUAUCUGAUUCAGAUGGGCCUUUCCAAAGGCUUUUUUCCAAGGAUCUCCAAUGAGACAAAAGCCAAGGAUGCUUGGGAUGUCUUGGAGAAGGAGUUCAGAGAUUACUUUACUAGGCUCACUGAUGAUAAUCAAUUAAAGUCAUAUGGUGAGGAGUUAAGUGAUAGAAGGAUUAUAGAGAAAAUAUUAAUUAGUUUAUUGCCUCAAAGAUAUGAUUCCAUGGUGAAUGUUAUUGAGGGAACUAAAUACUUGAACUCCUUGACUAUUCAAGAGUUAAAGGGUUCACUUCAAGCCUUUGAUCAAAGACUAAAUAGGCAUGCUGAAUAUUCUGUGGAGAGUGCAUUUCAGACGCUUACUAUGAAUUCAAAAGGAAAAGAGCAAGCUCUGUCAUCUUCUCAACAAAGCAAGCCUAGUUCUAACAAGUCUAACAAGAAUCGGAAAGGGAAGAAUCAGAAUGCCAAAGGGAAAAAUUCCUUUGAGAAGAAAUCAAAUUAG